AUGAAAGUAAUCAGUAGUCAGAAAAUCUCAUUUGUAACAGUAUGCCAUUUGAUUAUUUUUUACGUAUUAUGUAAAGCGAAUGUAGCAACAGCAAUCGCCUGUUAUUCUUGUGUGUCAAUGAACAAAAGUAACCCACCAUGUGAGGAUCCAGUCAGUGCUCAUAUCACGAUUCAACGACCAUGCCGUCAAACGAUACCUGGACAUGAAGGUGGUAUGUGUAACGACAUUCUUAUUACAUCACGAUCAAACCAAACUUUGCAUUUAACAUAUCAUAUAAGUGUAACACUUAAUUUUGAAGUUUUAAUUCAUUCUGAACAGAUAUAAAAUAUGACCUCAAAAUCAAACUAUAUCUAAGUUGAAUUUAAAAGAAAGUUAAUGCUUUUUGGUUAAACUUAUAAAGUAGUUCCUUUAACAGCACCAGAUAUCAUCU